AUGAACUCUCAGCACGAUGCUAGGGUUUUAGUCAACACCUCCGAUACCCAUGCGAGCUCAGCAAACUGCCAACCGCCUCGCCCUGAUGACCGCCGUGGCUUCGAGAUAGCUAUUAUUUGUGCGUUGACGCUUGAAGCAGAUGCUAUCGAAGCAUUGUUCGAUCAUCACUGGGAAGACGACGGCCCGCCGUUUGAUAAGGAUCCAGGCGACCCUAAUGCAUAUUCAACAGGAGUAAUUGGUCGUUUCAAUGUGGUCCUCGCAUACAUGCCAGGAACGGGCAAAGUCAAUGCCGCCACCGUCGCUGCCAACUGUGGAAAAAGCUUUCCAAGUAUCAAGCUUGCUCUCGUGGUCGGUAUCUGUGGCGUCGUCCCGUUCAGCCCUACCAAGGACGAGAUCAUCCUGGGCGAUGUCAUCAUCAGCAACGGAGUCAUCCAGUAUGACUUUGGUCGACAGUUUCCCGAGCGCCUGGUUCGUAAAGAUACGUUACUAGAUGUCCCUGGCAGACCCAACCUCGAGAUUCAGGGUAUCUUAACAAAGCUGCAAGGCCUACGACACCGCCGCCAAUUAAGCGCUAAGAUCGAAAGCUUUCUAGAUAUUCUCCGUCAGGAUCCGGAGCUUCACGCUGAGUAUCCCGGAGCUAACGAAGAUAAGCUCUUCGAGGCUACCUAUCGUCACGUGGAUGACCAAAAGCCGUGUGAGCAGGCUGGAUGUAAAGGCGACCUGGUUGAGAGAGACCGCCUGUCGACUUCAGAUGUUCCUCCAAAACCAGUUGUCCACUUUGGUUUGAUGGCUUCUGCAGACACAGUCAUGAAGUCCGGCGAAGAUCGUGACCGUAUAGCCUCGACGGAAGAUGUCAUUGCCUUUGAGAUGGAAGGCGCUGGUGUCUGGAAUAGCUUCCCGUGUAUCAUCAUCAAGGGCGGCUGUGAUUAUUCUGAUAGUCAUAAAAGCAAGGUCUGGCAACGAUAUGCAGCAGCCACAGCUGCAGCUUGUGCGAAGGCUUUUCUGGGCUUCUGGACCCCAUCAGUCACUCAAGAUGUCGUGCGUCUGACUGCAAACCUCAAGAGACGCUGCUCAUUAGCAGAUCAAGAAUAUAUUGAACAGAGGAAAAGACUCGCUGAAGAACCCACCACAGAAUCCAGGUGUCACUACCUACCACUGCAGAGGAACAAGAACUUUACAGGUCGCGAGGGAACAAUCGCUGAGCUUCAAAAACUUCUCUUCACUGACCCUGAUGGACAGCGAGUCGGUUUGGGCGGUUUGGGCGGCGUUGGCAAGACACAGAUUGCCCUCCAGCUUGCACAUCUUGUGAAGAAAGAAGAAAAGGCAGAUUGCAGCUACUCGGUCAUAUGGAUGCCCGCGUUGAGCAUGGCGAGUUUCGAACAAGCCUGCACCGAAAUGAUUACGGAGUUCGGCAUCCAGCGGGCUAAUGAAGAGGGCUCCAAAAAAACAUUCAAGAGGUUCCUAAGCUCAAAAAAGGCUGGAAAGUGGUUUCUUAUCGUCGACAAUGCUGAUAGCAUCGAGACUCUGUACGGAACGGCGGAUGCCCCGGGAGGCAUCGACGAGUUCAUACCAGACUGCGAGCACGGUUACAUUUUAUACACAACCCGAUCUCGUGAGGUUGCUGUUAGCGUGGCACAGAAUAAUGUCGUUAAGCUGUCAGAAAUGGAUGAUGAGGAUGCGAAGGCCCUCUUAGAGAGUUCAUUGAUUGAAAAGGGCCAGAUGGAGGACACUGUUCUUAUCGACAAGCUCCUACAAAAGCUUGCCUAUCUACCUCUUGCUAUCACCCAAGCUUCAGCAUAUAUGAAAGUUAAUGAGAUCUCAGUCAACGAGUAUCUCCACCUCCUCCAAAAUACCGAUCAGGAUAUGGUAGAGCUGCUCAGUUGUGGGUUUCGUGAUAGGACUCACUACGAUCCUUCCCAAGGCGCAGUUGCAACGACCUGGAUUGUGUCUUUCAAGCAAAUCCGCGCUCUCCACGAAGACGCUGCAAAGAUUCUCUCUGUCACGGCCUAUCUUGAACCGAAAGCGAUACCUCGUGCCUUAUUACCGCCUCUGGGGUCUGACCAAAAGAUGGCUCGUGCUAUUGGUACGCUCUGCGGAUACAGCUUCUUGAGUAAACGAGAAGAUGGGGAGACGUUCGACAUUCAUAGCCUCGUUCACCUUGCCGUCAAAAGAUGGAAUGAAGAAGAGGGACUCGAGGCAGGAACACGACAGAUGGCAUUCGCACACGUUGCUAAGGCAUUCCUAUAUAACGACUGGGAGGACCACUCCUAA